UGAGCUCCUGAGAGCGACCCAUUCUUUCACCAAUGUUUGUAGAAGCCGUCUGCAUGCCUAGGGGCUUGAUUGUAUACACCUGUGUCCAUGGAGGGGAUUGGAACACCUGAAUCACAUGAUAUGGAGGGGAUUGGAACACCUGAAUCACAUGAUUUGGAGGGGAUUGGAACACCUGAAUUACAUGAUUUGGAGGGGAUUGGAACACCUGAAUUACAUGAUAUGGAGGGGAUUGGAACACCUGAAUCACAUGAUAUAGAGGGGAUUGGAGCACCUGAAUCACAUGAUAUGGAGGGGAUUGGGAACACC